AUGGAGGCUGUACUUGCUUCAGUUAAAAAUGAUCUGAUGAACAAUGACACUGCUGCAGCAGUAGAAAAGAUUCAAAGAUAUUCAAAAGAACCAAAUAAUAUUCCACUAAAAAUCGCCAUCACAGGAGAAUCUAAAUCUGGUAAAUCCACCUUUGUUAGUGCCUUAAGAGGCAUAAAGAGCAUUGGUGAUGAAGAUGAGGGCGCUGCACCCACUGGUGUUGUGGAAACCACCUCAGAGGUCACACAGUACCCCCAUCCAAAGUAUCCCAAUGUUACUUUGUGGGAUCUUCCUGGGAUCGGCACCACCAGGUUUAAAGCUACGAAGUACCUGAAGCUUGUUGGAUUUGAGAAGUUUGACUUCUUCAUCAUCAUCUCAGCUGAUCGCUUCAGAGAAAAUGAUGUGAAACUCGCAAAGGAGAUUCAGAAGAUGAAGAAAAAGUUCUACUUUGUUCGUACAAAGAUCGACAACAACAUACGUGAUGAGGAAAGAAAGAGAGACUUCAGUAAAGAGGGGACUCUUAGAAAAAUCAGAGACGACUCUGUUCAAGGUCUUCAGAAAGAAGGUUUUGAGUCUCCACAGGUCUUCCUGGUGUCCAGCUUUGAGCCUCACCUGUAUGAAUUCUCUAAAUUACAACAGACCUUAGAGAGAGAACUUCCUGCACACAAGAGUGAUGCUCUGCUGCGUGCCAUGUCCAACAUCAACCAGGAGAUCAUCAACAAGAAGAAAGAAGCUUUUCAGUCCACAAUAAAAUACUACUCUACUCUGUCUGCAGCUGGAGCAGCUGUUCCAGUUCCUGAGCUGUCUGUUAAUGUUGAUCUCAGCAUGAUGGCUUCAGUUGUCACAGAUUAUGUAACUGGGUUUGGUCUUGAUAAGCAGUCUCUGGAGAAACUUGCUGCCAGCUCAGUGGUCGCAAAAUUUGUCAACCUGCAGAGCCAGCACCCAUAUACAGGAACCAAUGUGGGUGAGAGGACCAGCUCAAACUGCUGCAAGGCCAUCCAGGUGUCUUUCCUGCCUCUGAUAUGGAAAUGGUGGUCCUGA